GGAAGGAGCCCGUGUGGCGGGGAGCAUCUCCCGGCGCCCUCGGCUCCCUCAGGCUGGGUGGUACAGCCGCAGGAAUGACGGUGAACACCCCGCUGUGCUUUAGAGGAAAGAAUAUCCUGGCUCCAAUGGUGCGAGUGGGAACACUUCCAAUGCGUCUGCUUGCUCUGGACUACGGUGCCGAUAUCGUAUACUGUGAGGAGCUGAUUGACAUAAAGAUGCUGCAGUGUAAGAGGGUUAUAAAUGAAGUACUUGAAACAGUGGACUUUGUUGCGCCUAAUGAAAGAGUUGUUUUCAGAACUUGUGAAAGGGAGAGAGAACGUGUUGUCUUCCAAAUGGGUUCAGCAGAUGCUGAAAGAGCCCUGGCAGUAGCUAAGCUUGUAGAGAGUGAUGUGGCUGGUAUUGAUAUCAACAUGGGAUGCCCAAAAGAAUAUUCUACUAAGGGAGGUAUGGGAGCAGCACUGCUGACUGAUCCUGACAAAAUUGAGUCUAUAUUGACCACCCUUGUUAAAGGAAUUUGUAAACCAGUAACCUGCAAAAUCCGCAUUUUGCCCUCAGUUGAGGAUACUGUCAAUCUGGUGAAGAGAAUAGAGAAAACUGGCAUUGCUGCCAUUGCAGUCCAUGGAAGGAAGAAGGAGGAGAGGCCUCAGCACCCUGUCCACUGUGAUGUGAUCAAGGCCAUAUCUGAAGCUGUCUCCAUUCCAGUAAUAGCAAAUGGAGGAUCUCAUGACUUCAUCAAAGAAUACACAGACAUUGCAACCUUCCAGAAGGCCACAGCUGCCUCAUCAGUCAUGAUUGCUCGUGCUGCCAUGUGGAACCCCUCUAUCUUCAGAAAAGAGGGGUUUUGCCCCUUGAAGGAUGUCAUGCAAAAUUACAUCAAAUAUGCAGUGAGAUAUGACAAUCACUACACCAACACUAAAUACUGCUUAUGUCAAAUGCUAAGAGAGCAGUUGGAAACUACUCAGGGUAAGAAGCUUCAUGCUGCACAGUCCACACAGGAGAUCUGUGAAGUCUUUGAAAUGGGUGACUUCUAUGAAGAAACCACAGCUAUUUUUGAAGCAAAGAAAACAUCUUUGGAAACCAAGAUGCAAGAUGAAGAUGACCAAAUGGAAGAUCCAGAUGUAAUAAAAAUGGCUAUUAGAUUUGACAAGCGAGAAUAUCCACCACAGAUCACUCCAAAAAUGUAUCUUCUGGAAUGGUGUAGGAAAGAAAAGCAUCCCCAGCCUGUUUAUGAAACUGUUCAAAGACCACUGGAUAGAUUAUUCUGUUCAGUAGUGACAGUAGCUGAGCAAAAAUACCGAUCAACUCUGUGAAAGAAGCCAAGGGAGGCAGAGGGGAAUGCUGGAGGAGGUUGUGUCUUCAGCCACGGCAGCAGAUCCAUUCCCAAUAAGAAGUCAGGACUGAGUGUCAAUAUCUAGUGAAGCAGAGGACAGUACACUGAGUUCUUGGAGAUCACAGUUAAUUAGCAGCUACAUCCAGGGCUGCUGUAAAGUUUCGUGAUGGUAUUUUAUACAGUCAUCUAUUAAUACCAGAGCUGACUUGAGGCAUUUUCACCUAAGGUGAUCUUGAUUUAACUGCAAAGCUAGAGCUCAGCAUUGAACAUUUUAAACAGGACAAGUGCACACAGCUGCUUUGCAGCCUUCCUGUUCAGAGACUUUAGGAAGUUAUGCUGAUACGAAAUUUUGAGAAGAAAAUGUUUUAAAAUACUGACUUCCACAAAUGUGUGAUGUGCAGUCUUUCUCAGAAAUGACAAAACUUUCAUUAUUAUGGAGCAGUUCCUGCUUUUGCCAGCAUCAGUGAACUUGCACAUCUGCCAGAGAGUACCUAUGCCUGAGCCUCUUUCAAGAAGAGUGAUCCUUCAUAAAUGUUUUGUUUAGUGAUCAGAUUUGUAAAAGUUUCCUUUCUGAGGAUUGUGUGGGCCAAACACACAUUGACUGUGUGCCUUUGAAUUGAAGAGUGUUUUGAGAGACAAGACCCGAUAGAGACAAAUUUUCUAGGAAUAUUGCAUCAGAAGUGAUGCAUCAACACUUGACACCUAGCAAGAUUGAAAUAAUUUCUGGAACUGACCGGUUUUGUUCCUCUGCUGUGAGAUGGCUACAAAUGCUGUUUGUUUCAUGAUGUUGCAUCAGAGACAGGAAGUUGUGUCUUGGCAGUGUAGAGACCUCAGUUUCUACUUUUACGUGUGCUCUGUGUGCUUGCU